AUUUGUUCGUUUCACAUCCUAACGAUCCUAACCCACGCGACCUCUGGUGUCAAAAUAUUAUUUUCAAAAUGUUUUUUUUAAUAAAUUUGUAAUUUUCGUGAUGUAAAUACGUUCAAAAUGAGUUUGAAUUUGUUCAUCCGAGCCCCAGUUAGUGCCGGUGUGAAAAAAAGUCUGAAACACCAACUUCAAGAUUAUAGGUUAUGUCACAAACUCCUUAAUUUCUCGUCUUGUUUUUGUACAAAAACCGCUCCAAAUAACACACAAGGUGAAGAAAAGCAUGAGCAAAUUGCACGAAACGAGUCACCAACUCCAAAAUUUCGUCGUAAAUUAUUAAACGGCCCUAACCUCAAAGACUUCUUUCGGGAUGAAAAUUUGAAAAAUCAGGAAAACCUCCAGGAGGAGCACGUAGUUCCCUAUUUACAGGACAUCAAUAGAUACGGCCAAAAACGCAAAGUUUAUUUUGACGUCUAUGGGUGUCAGAUGAAUGUCAACGACACCGAAAUAAUUUGGUCAAUUUUGCAAAAGCACAACUAUUUGAAGACUAGUAAUUUAUUGGAGGCCGAUGUCGUGCUUAUUGUCACUUGCGCGAUACGCGAAGGGGCCGAGUCGAAAAUUUGGGGCCGUUUGGAGUACCUGCGAGGGAUUAAUAAGAGCAAAGCGACGUUCAGUUCACGGUUUAAGGUCGGGGUCUUGGGGUGCAUGGCCGAACGGUUGAAACACAAAGUCUUGGAGAAGAACAAGACGGUUGAUUUGGUCGCGGGGCCUGACGCCUAUAGGGAUCUACCAAGACUGCUGGCUUUGACCGAAAAUGACCAAAAGUCGGUCAAUGUUUUACUGUCGUUUGAUGAGACUUACGCCGAUAUCAUGCCGGUGAGACUCAACGAGAACUCCGUCUCGGCUUUUGUUUCGAUAAUGCGCGGUUGUGACAACAUGUGCACUUACUGCAUCGUGCCCUUCACCCGGGGCAAAGAACGUUCCCGUCCUGUGGACUCAAUCUUACGCGAAAUUGAAUUAUUAUCGCAACAAGGCGUCAAAGAAGUGACUCUCUUGGGCCAGAACGUAAACAGUUAUAGAGACUUAUCAAACUCUGGCGAUAUUUUUAUUAACAAUCAGACGAACCUGGCCAAAGGUUUCAAAACCGUCUACAAGUCGAAAAUCGGCGGUCGCCGCUUCGCCCACUUACUAGAAAAAGUCGCAGACGUGAACCCCGAAAUGAGGAUUCGGUUCACAUCGCCCCACCCGAAGGACUUCCCCGAUGAAGUCCUCCACGUGAUAAAAUCGCGCCCCAACAUUUGCAAAAACCUCCACAUGCCGGCGCAGUCGGGCAACACCAAUGUGCUGGAGCGGAUGAGAAGGGGGUACACGAGGGAGGCCUACAUCGAAUUGGUCGACCACAUUCGGUAUUUGCUGCCAGAAGUCAGCUUAAGCUCGGAUUUUAUCUGCGGAUUUUGCGGCGAAACGGAGGAAGAGUUCGAGGAUACGAUCUCGUUAAUGGAAAUGGUCCAAUACAACAACGCGUAUUUAUUCCCAUACAGCAUGCGCGAAAAAACAGCUGCGCAUCGGCGAUACACUGAUGAUGUCCCGGCUGAAGUCAAGCAGAAACGUCUCGAAAGGAUGAUUCAGACGUUUAGGUUUUACGCCGAGAAGCUCAAUAGGGCCCAAAUCGGGCGCUUACAAUUGAUUUUAAUUGAAGGUUUUAGUAGAAGAUCGAGGAAUCAAUUGGCUGGACGAAACGAUCAAAAUAUUAAAGUCGUGAUCCCUGCUGGUGAAGUGCCGCAGAAAGACGGCCGAAGUAGCAAAGAACUAGGACCUGGGGAUUACGUGGUGGUGCAAAUAAACGCUGCAAAUUCGCAAAUUCUCAAAGGAAUACCGUUGUACCACACAACUUUAAGUGAACAUUUUCUCGAAUAUCCCGAUUGUUUCGAGAAUUCUUGUUAUAGCAUGAUGUAAAUAAAAUUAUUGAACGAAAA